CAUAACCACAUUUUUUGCAUCGUUGAUUAAUAAACUUUUAAAAUGAUAGGAUAUAUUAAAGAUGAAUAAAAAUAUCAAAUAUAUAUAUUGUUUUGUGAAUAAUGAGUAUUAAGUAUAUUUGUGGUAUUAUAAAUAUAUAUGAGCUUGGUUAGACAGUUAAAUUUAGAAUUUAAAGUGUGGGUGACGUUUGUCGCUGUUUAGUCAAAUUUAAAUUUUACCGCCCAAAGAUACCUGCGCGCGCAGUGUUGAUUUGAAAUAUUUUUAACAGGUGGCUCAAUUGCUUGAGACUAAUUUCCGGGUUUGAAAUAUAAAUUUGUUGUUUUUGUAUUACAAUCUAUGGAACUUUCGAUUUACGGACAAUUGCAAUGUCGACAAACAUCAAUGAUGGCCUGGUUUGUAAAAGUGAUGCAUGUAAAGAAAUCGCUGAUGAAAUAAUUCGUGGAAUGAAUCAAUCAAUGGACCCAUGCAAUGAUUUUUUUAAUUAUGCUUGUGGUAAUUGGCAUAAUGGAUUAUCUCAUCAAAGUCACUUUCAUAUAUUAACUAAUGAAACUAGUUUCCGGUUAAAAGAAAUAUUUGAGUCUCCACGGUCACCUGAUGAUACCUCUGCAUUAACUAAAGCUAAAAAAAUUUACAAAACUUGUAUGAAUGAAGAUUUUAUUGAAAAAAGGGGAAUAACGGAUCUUGUAGAAUUAAUAGAUAAUAUAAGUGGUUGGCCAAUGGCAAUGAGUACAUACGAAUGGUUACAUAAAAAAAUAUCAUGGCAAGAAAUAGACAAAACUUUUCGACAAAUAUUAGGAAAUUCUCCUUUGUUUAAUUUAAAAGUUUUGGCGGAUGUUGAGAACUCGACGAAUAAUAUUAUAACGAUUGCACCGCCAAUAGAGGGUAUUGCUGAAUAUAUAUCUCCAUUAGUAUCAGCAUCAUUAACAUUAAAUCAAAUUUUAAAUUUACCUAGUGUUAUGAAAUAUCAUAGUAUUAUUGAAGACUCUUGCAGACUUAUUGCCAGACAUAGAGGUUCUUAUGUACUAGAAAAAAAUAUUAAAAAAGAUGCUCAAGAUAUUGUGUCUUUUGAAUGGAGUUUAAAAAUAAUUUCUACUCCUUCCAAUAAUUUUAAACUUGACGUUGAUUCUAUGUUUGAAAAAAUGACUAUUAAAAAUUUUCAAAGAUUUUACAACUCUAGAGUGUUCAAAAGUUCUGCAACAAGCGUUAAAUGGAUAGAUGUGAUAAAAGAUCUCUUCGCUGAAGCGCAGGGAGUUAAUAUCGAGGAAUCUGAAGUUAUUGCAGUAGUAGAUAAAAAUUAUUUUAUAGCAUUAGCUUAUCUUAUUAAUCGAACUCCCAUUAGAACUAUUGUAAAUACAAUGCAUUGGUGGUUAAUAAGGAAUCUCGGUACUUAUACAAAUAAACAAAUGAGUAAUUUAAUUGAUAAUGUUUUACCAGGAGGUUUAUCAGUUGGUCAAAGUAAAAGUAAUCAAGAUACUCCUAGAUGGUACACAUGUACGAUGCAAAAUGAAAUGACACAUGCGUAUUCUUAUGCUUAUGUUAAAAAAUAUUUUCCUAGACGUGCACAACAAAUUGCUACAGAAUUAGUCCAUAAAAUAAUAAAUGGAAUGAGAAGACAAAUUGAAAAUAGUAAAUGGCUUGAUGACUAUUCGAAAGAAGGAGCUUUAAAAAAAGUACAAACUAUGAAAGAAUUUAUCGGAUUUCCUCAUUGGUACGAUGAUCCAAAUGCUGUUGAUAAUUAUUAUAAAGAUAUUAAGCCAAGUAUAUUCUAUUUUAAAAAUAUAUUGAUGAUGUUCAGACUCAGUAAAACGGAAGAGUUGAAAUUAUUACGGGAGCGAGUUACUAACAAUAAAUGGGUUGGAAGUCCAGUUGACGUUAAUGCUUUCUAUUUAUAUACAACGAAUUCAAUAACGAUACCGGCAGGAAUUUUGCAAGUUCCAUUUUUCGAGGAUGACCAGCCUGAUGCUCUUAAUUAUGGUGGCCUUGGCACAAUAAUCGGUCAUGAAAUUUCACACGGUUUUGACGAUGUAGGCAGUCAAUUUAAUAACGACGGUAAUGCACACAAUUGGUGGUCAAAUUCAACUAAAGCUGAAUAUAAAAGACGCGCCCAAUGUUUUGUUGAUGAGUUCGAUAAAUAUAGUUUUGUCCAUGAUAAUAAUGUUCAUAAAGUCGAUGCGCAACAAACAUUGACAGAAAAUAUUGCCGAUUCAACGGGUGUCAGAGCUGUUUUUGAGGCAUUUAAACGUCAUGCUGAUAAGUCCUUGACAUCAAAUAUGAAAUUACCUGGUCUUGAACAUCUCAAUAGUUAUCAACUUUUUUUUUUAUCGUAUGCACACAUGUUUUGCACAAAUUCUGAUGUAUAUCCGGUGAUAAAUCAAUUAAGUGGUGAUGCGCAUAGCCCAGCAGCUUUUAGAAUAGCAGGUACUCUGUCAAAUAUUGAAGGAUUUGCUGAGACAUUUAAAUGUCCUAGAGGAACGAGAAUGAAUCCUAUUGAAAAAUGCAGUAUCUGGUAAUUUAAUUAUUUAUGCAUCGUCUGUUACUGCCAUCAAUUAUUUUUCAUCUAUAUAUUCUUAUCUUUUUUUAUUUAGUCAUUAAUUUAAACUCAAUAUCAUUCUGUCACAAAUGUACAGACUGCUUGUAAAUAUUUUAUUGUAAAUAAAAAAAAGUUGUUAA